AGCAUUUCAUCAGGGAACGAACUAGUACGUACUACCAAGACUCACAAUGUUCCGCCUCAUCCUGAGUGUCGCUGCUGGUUGGGCAGUUCAGGGUCUGAAGAGGAAGACUUGCGACCUCUACGACUACUUUGCCACUGGCGAUGAUCAGAUCUUCGCCUACAAGAUUGAGCACAAGGAGCACCAGGUGCAGGCCAGAUGGGAUGUCACAGAUGGAGGAAAGAAGGCGGGGUCUCUCAGUUGGGCCCUGAACUUUGUGAAUGAGAAGGGCGAGAACCGUGUGGGGGUCACGUCCGAAGACCACUCGAAGUUCUACAUCUUCGACCCAUGUGUUCAGGCACCUGGUGAUAGACCGUUGAAGCUUGCGCAACCCGUGGUUGAUUUAACUUGCUCGGGCAAGAUCACGCAGCCUGUGGGUGCUUCCUUUGACGACAGCAAUGGCAAAAUCUAUUUUGCAAUGUUCAAGGCAGGCUUGGCAGUGCUUGACGUGAAGAGCGCUUCUUCUGAUGCAGUCCAGUGCUACCCUUAUGGUGACAUCGAAAAUGACUUCAUUCACAACGUUGAGGUGAUGAACAUUGGAAAGAAUGGCCAGAAAAGAAACGAAGUCUUUGUGAACCAUCUUGGAAACAUUUGGGGACCAAGCGGAUGGAAGGGCCGCGGUCUCCUGUGGUUCAACAAGAAGACCCUGCGCUUUGAGCACGUCAUCAGUAAUGAAGAGGUGGCUGGCGCCCCGGGAAUCUCUUUGAGAUCCGCUCACAUCGACGCCAAUUUCCAGAGUUCAAAUGUGAUCUGGGGUCUCACUCAGGAAACCUGCCCUCUGCCCACGAAGAUCUACAAGUUUGAAGUGACUGCUACAGCUGACAGCGUAGCUUUGAAAGCCACCCUGAUGGGAACGCUUGCCAAUCGAGGCACUGACAAGGUGGUGGCCGGAGAUGGAGGCGCUGACAUCAUUUCCAGGUGGAAUGUGGAGCGCACUGAGACGGAGUUGCUUGCCACCGACAGAUACGGCAGCAACAGCGGCGGGGAGCCGGCUCUUCCUGGCAAGAUCUAUGUUUUCUCUGACAGCAAGUCUGGGGCUCUGUCCUCCAUGAGCAAGUUGCCAGAGCCGACGGUGAUUCUUCCAACUGGCAAAGAUGGGUACCCGCGUCGCACUGAGGUGCUGAGAGACUCGUGGGUCAUCAGUGCCAACCACGGACCGCCUGGUGAGCCACUCUCGGUCUAUGCCUAUCCGCUUGAAGAACACUCAGCUUUCCAGAGCCCAGCCGCGCCAGCCAUGGCUGGGUACAUUGUGGAGAACGGGGCAUCCAGAAAAGAAGUCAUUUUGGAAUGAUGGAGCCAGGACUAUUUGAUUGAAGCAUGUUCAGCAUGCUCCAGCAUUCAGAUCUUGUGGAUGAUGGUCGGGUCGCCGCAUCCGUGUCACCCUUGACAAAUUGAUUCUUUUGUAGAAGCGGAGUUGAGCUUAGUGAAACAUAACAUGGCAAACUGAUGUCAAGUCGAAUCCGAUGCCAGGCACUUGGCACGUGUGGCAAAUACUUUGAGGC